CAGAUUUUUAGGGUUUCCAUCACAAAACGUUGUUAUGGUAUCAGAGCCUGGUUCCCUUGAACCCUAGGCGCCGCCACAACAACCAUGGCUGAUGCAAACGUGAGCAACGAAGGAGCUAAUGCUGCAGCCAACACAAAUGCUGCACUGCAGGAUCCAAUGGCAGAUCCAUACUACUUACAUGGCUCUGAACAACCAGGGCAACUACUGGUCGCGGAGAAACUCACCACAACCAAUUACAAUGAUUGGAACAAGGCAAUGUACAAUGCACUGGGAGCCAAGAACAAGACUGGCUUCAUCAAUGGCACUCUGGUUGAACCUGCACCAGACAGCCCUCAAGCCUGGUCUUGGAACAGGAACAACAUCAUGGUCCUGUCUUGGAUCCAGCAAGCAGUGGAGCCUGGGAUCAGAAAGACAAUCAUGUCUUUCAAGUCAGCAGCAGAAGCAUGGAGGAGCUUAAGAGCUCGAUAUGGACAAGGUGACAUGGUGAGGAUAGCAGAACUGAUAGAGGCACUUGCAACCAUGAAACAAGGUAACCAAACCCUAACUGAGUACUAUGGUGAGAUGAUUGUUGUGAGGGAUGAACUGGAUAACUACCAACCUUUAGAUCCCUGUGACUGUACCCCCACUAGUCACUCUACUUGUAGAGCCAUGAAACAAGUCUUGGGUUACAGAGACACUGGCUAUGUCAUACAGUUCCUAAGGGGACUCAAUGAGAACUACAGCACUGUUAGGUCACAGGUCUUGUUUCAGGACACCCUGCCCUCCAUCGAUAGGGUGUUCCAGAGAAUGUUGCAGCAUGAGAGGCAACAGUAUGGAAGCCACCAGGCCAAAGCUCUUGUUGCAGAAAGCACUGCUUUUGCUUCCCACAGCAACAUACCAGCAAACAAAAGGACCAAGCCAUAUUGUACUUACUGUAAGGCACUGGGACACACUGAAGAUGUUUGUUUUCACAAACAUGGAUGGCCACCUGGCAUGACCCCCAGAGGUGUGACUGCUGCUGGUAAGCCAGUUGAGUGCAACUACUGCAAGAAGCUUGGGCACACAGAAGACAAGUGCUACCAGAAGAAUGGCUACCCUCCUGGCACUGGAAGAGGAAGAGGAAGACCUCAGGUCAAUGCUGCAACCACAGUGAUUGGAGACAAAGGCCAGCAGGAGGUGAAGCUCACCAAGGCUGAGUAUGAGAAGUUCAUCCAAAUGAUGAGCCAGAGCACACAAGCAUCUCCUGGACCGAGCUUCUCAGCUGCAGUUUUCACUACCAGCAAGGCAGAAACAUCAGGUAAAUAUGUUUUCAAUGCUCAAAACAAGGAUCCAUAUAACCAACUAUGGAUCCUGGACACUGGAGCAUCAGACCACAUUGUCUGCUCCCUUUCCCUACUUCAAAACCACAAACAAAUCAGUGGGGUAUUCAUUACCCUCCCCACUGGCCAAAGAGUUGAAGCUAGUCACUCAGGAACAGUGAGAUGCCUUCCAGACUUGGUGCUUGAGGAGGCCUUAUAUGUUCCUCAGUUUAACUUCAACUUAGUGUCUGUCAGUAAGUUGAGCAAGAACAAAUCACUUUGCUUAACUUUCUUUUCUGAUGUGUGUUUGAUCCAGGACAUGCAGCUGAGGAGGAUGACUGGUUCUGCUAAGCUGUCCCAUGGCCUCUACCUAUUAGACAACAUAGACAACUCUAUCAUACCUAAACACACUACUGCAACCAGUAGUGCACCUUUUGAUCUUUGGCACCAUAGACUAGGACAUGUCUCCCAUUCCAAAAUCCCCCUUUUGAGAAACUUGUGUACAUCCAUAGAAACAUACAGUUCUAUACCCUGUGAUGUAUGCCAUUUUGCUAGGCAAAAGAGACUGCCUUUUCCUUCCAGUUCAUCUGUAACUGAGAAUCCUUUUCAGUUAAUACAUACUGACAUUUGGGGGCCACAUCCUGUUCCUAGUUAUGAUGGACAUCGAUAUUUCUUAACUAUAGUUGAUGACUUCUCCAGGAUGACAUGGAUCAUCCUUUUACAAACCAAGGCAGAAGCCAGACCUAAACUAAAAGAGUUUUGCAAUUACAUUGAAAGACAAUUUGACACUUCAGUUAAGAAAAUUAGAAGUGAUCAAGGCAAAGAGUUCAGGAUGAGUGAUUUCUUUCAAAACACAGGGAUUUUCCAUGAACAAUCAUGUGUUGAAACUCCUGAACAAAACAGCAAAGUAGAGAGGAAGCACCAGCACAUACUUGCUGUUGCCAGAGCUCUCAAAUUCCAAGCCAACCUACCAUCUGGUUUCUGGGCAGAUUGUGUGAAACACGCUGUUCACCUAAUCAACAGGGUCCCAACUCCUGUUCUAAACAAUCUCACCCCCUUUGAAAAACUUCACAAAAAACCACCUGACCUUUCCUAUCUCAGAGUCUUUGGCUGCCUUUGUUUUGCCAGCACUCUCCACAACCACAGAACAAAAUUUGAUUCCAGAGCUAGGAAGGGCAUCUUUAUUGGCUUUACAUCAGGGAUAAAGGGGUACAAGAUAUAUGACCUCACCUCCCAUGAAGUUUUCACUUCAAGGGAUGUUCAGUUCCAUGAAAAUCAUUUCCCAUUUCACCAUGAGGUCACCUCCAACCUUCCCUCUGACCUAUACAAUUCCUCACUCACCCCUGCACCCUUUGAUGAUCCUAGUCCUAGUUAUCAGCCCACCACCAACCCCUCUCAUACCCUCAAUGACCUGAACACACUCCACUUUGACUCUGACAGUGACACAGACAACUACACCACCUCUCCUACUCCUACCCAGCACUCACCUCCCACUCCAUCACCCCCACCACCACCACCACCACCACCUCCUGUUCCCACUAGGAAGUCCACCAGAACUCCCAAACCACCCUCACAUCUCCAACUUUACCAUUGCAACCUGCUUCAGCAGUUUUCUUCUACCAGUCAUCCUACUCAGCAGCACAAUCCAGGUAUCACUCACUCACUCAACAAAGUUAUUCACUAUGAUAACUUGUCUCCAACUGACAGACAUUUUGCAUUAAGUAUCUCCUCUUACAAAGAACCAGAAUCUUACAAGGAGGCCAUACUCUCCCCAUUCUGGGAUGCUGCUAUGCAAGAUGAGUUUCAAGCACUUGACAGAAACCAGACUUGGGACAUUGUGGAGGCACCUCCCAAUGUCAAACUCAUUGGUAACAAAUGGAUAUACAAGUUUAAGUUUCUCUCUGAUGGUAGCCUAGAAAGAAGGAAAGCAAGACUGGUUGCUAAAGGCUACACACAACAGGAGGGCAUUGACUACCAAGACACCUUUGCUCCUGUUGUGAAAAUGACCACUAUCAGGUUGUUCCUUGCUCUGGCCUCUAUCCACAACUGGCACAUACACCAGCUAGACAUCAACAAUGCAUUCCUCCAUGGUGACUUGGAGGAAUGUGUCUACAUGAAGCUCCCAGAUGGUUACAAACAACCAGCAGGAAUCAAAAACCCUGUUUGCAAACUCAAGAAAUCUCUCUAUGGCCUAAAGCAAGCAUCAAGACAAUGGUUCUCCAAGCUGGCUGAGAAACUACAAUCACAAGGUUUCACAUCCAGCAAAGUGGAUCACUCCAUGUUUUACAAGGCCACAUCAACUUCCUAUACCUGUAUCCUAGUCUACGUUGAUGACCUUGUAAUUGGAGGAAAUGAUUUGUCUGACAUCAUCAACAUCAAGGCCUACUUGCAUCAAGAAUUCAGCAUCAAAGACUUAGGUGAUUUGAAAUUCUUUCUGGGAAUUGAAGUAUCAAGAUCACCUUCUGGCAUUCACAUUUCUCAACGAAAAUAUACAUUGGAAAUUCUGGAUGAUGCUGCCAUGAUCAACACCAAACCUGUCACUACCCCUAUUGAUUACAAGACACACCUAUCUGCCCAACAUGAUGACCCCUAUCCGGACCCAGAACAGUACAGAAGACUUGUUGGGAAGCUGAUCUAUCUCACUACGACUAGGCCUGACAUUAGCUUCGCCACCCAACAAGUAAGUCAUUUCAUGUCUAAUCCUAGCCAUACACAUUUCAAAGCUGUGAACAGAAUCCUGAGGUACCUCAAAUCAGCACCAUCCAAUGGUCUCUUCUUCCCUUCUUCGUCCACACUGCACUUGAAGGCCUUCAGUGACUCCGAUUGGGCCGCCUGUGUUGACACACGACGCUCUGUGACCGGUUACUGUGUCUACUUGGGUGAUUCCUUGGUGUCCUGGAAAUGCAAGAAGCAGACUACCAUCUCCCGCUCUUCUUGUGAAGCCGAGUACCGUGCCCUCGCCUACACCACCUGUGAAGUGCAAUGGCUCCUGUAUCUGCUUCACGACUUCAAGAUUUCUCAUCCUCAACCCGCUUCCAUCUACUGCGACAACCAGUCUGCCAUCUACAUCGCCGAGAACCCAACCUUCCACGAACGGACGAAGCACAUCGAAUUAGACUGCCACUUCGUUCGCGAGAAGCUCCAUGACGGCACCAUCAAGGUUCUCCAUGUCUCCACUGUCCACCAGCUGGCCGAUAUCUUCACCAAAGCUCUCUCACCAGCCAUUUUUCACAAUCUCCUCUCCAAGCUUGGUGUCCAUGAGCUCUGCCCACCAGCUUGCGGGGGGCUAUCAGAGAAGAAUUCAAAUUCUUCUCAAACCCGCCUUCCAGACGACGGCGUUCCACUGUGCCACCACAACGACGCCGCUUCGACAACGGAUAGAACCCACCACCACAACGACGACGUUCCACUAACUCAAGCCAAACCAAGCAGGACCUGGAGCGACAUCGUUUCAGGGAGAAACAAGGGCGGAUAGACAUUCUCACUUUUGAUCCCUGUACUUCUGUUUUUCUUCACUUUUCCCUUUUCGGACUGUACUUGUAGUUGAAGGAACCUUGU